GUAGAAGGGCUCAAAAUGAUGACCGAAGGUACAGCUGAAAAGGAACUUCCGCUCGAACAAGAAACAACAGAUACUGCUUCAGAGGAAAUUCUUACAAUCGAUAUAUCCGAUGCGGUUAGUGAAAGAGACAAAGUGAAAUUUACCGUGAGAACCAAGACGAAUCUGAAGGAGUUUGCUAAACCGGAAUUUUCAGUGGUGCGCGAACAUGAUGAAUUCGUAUGGCUUCACAACACUAUUGAAGAAAACGAAGAUUACGCCGGAUACAUAAUCCCUCCAUGUCCGGCUAGACCUGAUUUCGAAGCGUCGCGUGAAAAGCUGCAGAAACUCAGCGAGGGUGAAGCAACGAUGACGAAAGAAGAAUACGCGAAAACCAAAUCAGAGUUGGAGGCCGAAUAUCUGGCCACUUUCAAAAAAACCGUUGCGAUGCACGAGGUGUUUUUGUGUCGUCUCAUUUCGCAUCCGGUUUUCAAACAUGAUCAGAACUUCAAGAUUUUCCUCGAAUACGAAGGCGAUCUCAGUGUUCGAGGAAGAAACAGCAAAGAGAAACUGGGCAGCAUCUGGAAGAGAUUUUCGCAGUCGGCAGACGGUGUUCUUUUGGCCGUUCAAAAGGUACUUAUCAUGCUAUAUUUACUGUUAUAUUAUGUGCCGUGCACGACUGUUCAGUUAGCCAAUUGA